AUGGAAGAGGAGGAUGCAGAAUCUCCUGGAACUGGCCAAAGAGCAAGGAAAGGCUCCCAUCCCAUCCAGGCUGGGAGUGGUGUUGAAUUCUGGGGGAAAGCUGUGCCAGAAAUCCUGGCUCAGGACACUGUGAUCUCAGAUGAACAUUGCCAGCGUUUCCGGCACUUCUGCUACCAUGAGGCUGAUGGGCCCCGAGAGAUGUGGCGACCCUCUGUAACGAUAAAAGCUAACUUCUCUGAGGCGGAAGGAGCUUCGUCAGAGGACGGACAGAGGGUGCAGGUCCAGGAGUGUGCCCAAGAUGCCCCCUCACCUGGCGGGCCACGCGCCCUGGCGUGCACCGGUCUCCUUAUCUCAUGGCUGAAGGUGGAAGACGCGCCUCGCUCCAUUACCGCUUCACACCAUCCCACCCGCCGGAGAGGAGGUGCCCACCCAGCUGCGCCCACCCAGCCACCUCCCCCCGUCCUUUACUGGUGCAAUGAGGCCUAUGCGGCCAUGCUGCGCCCACCUCCCCCCGUCCUGGCAGCUGCUUCUAGCCCGGGCUGCACCUUGCGUCCUCUCCAGCCAGCGGGAUGGUGUGAAGCAGCGGCGUACUACAAAUAUAGAUCACAGCUCCUUGUGCACAAAAGAAUACACACAAAGGAAAAACCCUUUGAGUGUUCAGAAUGUGGAAAGAAAUUCACUGUGAGUUUCAGUCUCCAAAUACAUCUAAGGACCCACACAGGGGAGAAACCUUUCGAAUGCUCAGAGUGUGGAAAGAGAUACAGUUCCAGUUCCAGCCUUCAGCAACAUAAGAGAACCCACACUGGGGAAAAACCAUUUGAAUGCUCAAAGUGUAGAAAGAAAUUCAUUUCAAGUGGCCAUCUUCACCGCCAUAAAAGAACCCAUACAGGGGAGAAACCUUUUGAAUGCUCAGAGUGUGGAAAGAGAUUCAUUUCAAAUUACCGUCUUCACCACCAUAAAAGAACCCAUACAGGGGAGAAACCAGUUGAAUGCUCAGAGUGUGGAAAGAGAUUCAUUUCAGGUAGCCAUCUUCACCGCCAUAAAAGAACCCACACAGGGGAGAAACCAUUUGAAUGCUCAGAGUGUAGAAAGAGAUACACUAGCAAUUCCAGUCUUCAAACGCAUCUAAGAACCCACACAGGGGAGAAACCUUUUGAAUGCUCAGAGUGUGGAAAGAGAUUCAUUUCAAGUGGCCAUCUUCACCGCCAUGAAAGAACCCACACAGGGAUGAAACCGUUUGAAUGCUCAGAAUGUGGAAAGAAAUUCAUUCAGAGUUCUGAUCUUCAAAGGCAUCAAAGAACCCACACAGGGGAGAAACCAUUUGAAUGCUCAGUCUGUGGAAAGAGAUUCAGUUCAAAUAACUAUCUUCACCAGCAUCAAAGAACCCACACAGGAGAGAAACCUUUUGAAUGCUCAGAAUGUGGAAAAAGAUUCAAUUCAAAUACGUAUCUUCACCAGCAUCAAAGAACCCACACAGGGGAGAAACCGUUUGAAUGCUCAGUAUGUGGAAAGAGAUUCAAUUCAAAUACCUAUCUUCACCAGCAUCAAAGAACCCACACAGGAGAGAAACCUUUUGAAUGUUCAGACUGUGGAAAGAGAUUCAGUCAGCGUCUCCUUGUGCACAAAAAAAUACACACAAAGGAAAAACCCUUUGAGUGUUCAGAAUGUGGAAAGAAAUUCACUGUGAGUUCCAGUCUCCAAAUACAUCUAAGGACCCACACAGGGGAGAAACCUUUUGAAUGCUCAGAGUGUGGAAAGAGAUUCAUUUCAAGUGGCCAUCUUCACCGCCAUAAAAGAACCCAUACAGGGGAGAAACCAGUUGAAUGCUCAGAGUAUGGAAAGAGAUUCAUUUCAGGUAGCCAUCUUCACCGCCAUAAAAGAACCCACACAGGGGAGAAACCAUUUGAAUGCUCAGAGUGUAGAAAGAAAUUCAAUCAGGGUAGUGAUCUUCAAAAGCAUCUAAGAAUGCACACAGGGCAGAAACCUUUUGAAUGCUCAGAGUGUGGAAAGAGAUUCAUUUCAAGUGGCCAUCUUCACCGCCAUAAAAGAACCCACACAGGGGAGAAACCGUUUGAAUGCUCAGAGUGUGGAAAGAAAUUCUUUCAGAGUUCUGAUCUUCAAAGGCAUCAACGAACCCACACAGGGGAGAAACCGUUUGAAUGCUCAGUCUGUGGAAAGAGAUUCAGUUCAAAUAACUAUCUUCACCAGCAUCAAAGAACCCACACAGGAGAGAAACCUUUUGAAUGCUCAGAAUGUGGAAAAAGAUUCAAUUCAAAUACGUAUCUUCACCAGCAUCAAAGAACCCACACAGGAGAGAAACCUUUUGAAUGUUCAGACUGUGGAAAGAGAUUCAGUCAGCGUUUCAGUCUUCGAAUGCAUCUAAGAACGCACAAGAGGGGAAACUGUAUGACUGCUUAG